CCGAGUGUACGGUACUUGGCUCAUCGGUGCCCAAGCCCACCUCAGACCUACAUUACAUUUUUUAUCUCAAAAUUCACUCCGAACACUGCGAAUCACAGCUCGAGCCUUGACUACUUGUCACCGAGAUCAUUGACAAUUUCUGCAGCAGUUUGAGUGCUGAUUGAAUCCAGUUUAAACUGAAAUUCACCAGUCAAUAGCCGACAAUUGGAAGUAAACGCAUCAGUAGUGCACCUGUUAACCGAUUAAUGAAUUCGAUCUGUCGAAUCAGCCCCCAAAAACGCAUAAACUCGAGUGAGAUCGAUCGCUGGUCAUAGCCGGCAGGGGCACGUACCUCGAGUGGGCGAAAAUCGAGGAGUGGCGCAAAACAAUUUAUACAUUCUUAAUCACCCGAGCGAGGCCUCAAGCCUAGAUUUUUCAACCUAAAAUUUAAAAAACCACAAUCAACGAAUUCUAAAUUAGCGAUAACUCGUAUAGAUCGUAGAGCAGUUGAAAUAAACUCUCGAGUAAAAAUAUAAAGAAAAAAAUAUGGCGUGGGGUUAUUGGAGCGCAACAUCAGUGAGUGAUCGUGGUCGUUCGCCCCGUCGUGAGAAGGAUAAAUCAUCCCAGUCGCAGUACCAAACACCGAGUGAGGUGAUGGGUGUGCAGAGCUGUUCGGGGGUGCAGAGUUCAGAGCUGGGUUUAGCAUCCGAGGAUAGCAGUCAAUUAUUGAGCACCCAGGGUGGUGGCUUUUAUACAUAUUCAGUAGCCGCAGCCGCAGCAGCUGCUGUUGCCGCUGGUAAACGCACCCCCGGAAUGAUGGAGGGUGCAACGUCAACGGCUACAUCAUCAAGUCUGCCCAAUGAAUUUACAUUAUCCUCGGGGCUAAUGGGCAGACCGGGCUCGAGUAAUUAUCCACCAUCGCCUGGCAGUGAUUCAGCCGAGUACGAACAGCCACACGUUACAAUGGGCCUGCAUUAUCCACAAAAACACGAGGCCCACUGCCAAGAAUUCGUCCACACCGAUGUGCUCUGUCACUCCUCAAUGUCAACUGGUGCAGCAGCAACAUCAUCACUCGAUCGUCGGCUCAAGGGCCACAGAUCCCUGAGAUUCGAUCGACCUGAUAAUCCAGAUGACGAUGGCACUGAUAUCGAACUUGGGGAUGAAAUAAUCGUGCCAGAAGUUAUUUAUGAAUCCAGCAGAACCAGCUUAUCUGGAAUUGGUAGUUGUGUUAUUCAUGGCCCCUGUGCUCAACCGGCUGAUCCUGGCACUUCUAUGUCAUCACUUGCAUCUGAACAUUAUCCAAUAGCACCACGCCCUCCCUAUGCCACAGCUCGGCUCGAUGACAUCAAGUGGGUUUUUCCCAAUGUUCCAGCAGCACCGGGGAUGCCAUGUCAGGGCGAAGACAGAAGUAUUUAUAGACGUGGCGCUCGAAGAUGGAGGAAACUGUACAGAGUGAAUGGUCACAUAUUCCAGGCAAAGCGCUUCAAUCGCCGAGCAUUUUGCGCAUUCUGCCAAGACCGCAUUUGGGGACUGGGACGACAGGGCUUCAAGUGUAUUCAGUGUAAACUCCUUGUACACAAGAAGUGUCACAAAGUCGUACGAAAACCGUGUUUGAGCCUUCAACAGCAGCAACAACCACCACACACGCCAGACCACUCGUCCUCUGACCGCAAUGGCGAUCAAGCACAGUCGGAUUCACCGCAGUGCAGUCCAACGGCACAUUUGGAAGAUGAAUCUGCUGAGUUUCCAGCUCUUGAGGAACAGGCUCGUAGACCUUCCGGAAGUGAAGAUGGAGAAGAAUUGGCCCUGGACGCCAUAGCAGGUGCUGAUGGUGGCAGUGACAUGCAGCGACAGUAUUCCCUCAAUGAUUUCGAGUUGAUUCGUGUCAUUGGCCGUGGCUCUUACGCGAAAGUACUUAUGGUGGAGUUGAAACGCACGAGGAGAAUCUACGCAAUGAAAGUAAUAAAGAAAGCACUGGUCACGGACGAUGAGGACAUUGACUGGGUGCAGACUGAGAAGCAUGUCUUUGAAACGGCCUCCAAUCAUCCAUUCCUCGUCGGACUUCACUCAUGCUUCCAAACCCCAUCGCGCUUAUUUUUUGUUAUUGAAUUUGUACGCGGGGGUGACUUGAUGUUCCACAUGCAGAGACAACGCCGUCUUCCUGAGGAGCAUGCACGAUUUUACGCUGCCGAAAUAAGUCUCGCCUUAAACUUUUUACAUAAUAAGGGGAUUAUCUAUCGCGAUCUGAAACUGGACAAUGUCCUCCUGGAUCACGAGGGCCACGUGAAGCUAACAGACUACGGUAUGUGCAAAGAGGGUGUACGUGAGGGUGACACAACAGCGACAUUCUGUGGCACCCCGAAUUACAUUGCUCCGGAGAUUCUCCGAGGUGAGGACUACAGUUUUUCGGUGGACUGGUGGGCCCUGGGUGUCCUCCUCUACGAGAUGCUGGCGGGUCGUAGCCCCUUCGACAUAGCUGGCGCCUCUGAAAAUCCAGAUCAGAACACAGAAGACUACCUGUUCCAAGUAAUCCUCCAAAAGACUAUUAGAAUUCCCAGAUCAUUGUCUGUUAAAGCAGCUUCCGUUCUCAAGGGCUUCCUCAAUAAAGACCCUGCCAACAGACUGGGCUGUGCCGAGGGUCAAAAAUCCUUCAUUGAAAUAGCGUCUCAUGCCUUUUUCAAGGCCAUCGACUGGACAAUGCUGGAGCAGAAGCAGGUGACACCACCUUACGAGCCUAAAUUACAAUCCGAGAGAGAUCUCGAAAAUUUCCCACCUGAAUUCACAAACGAGCCUGUUCAUCUCACUCCAGAUGACACGAGAGUCAUUGAAAAAAUUGAUCAGAGUGAAUUCGAGGGCUUUGAGUACGUGAAUCCCCUCCUCAUGUCCCUCGAGGACUGUGUGUGACAAGAGAAUUAUUGGGAAUAUGAGUAUCAUCAUAAUAAUUACUUACACAGAGCAAAAUUACCCUAUGAUAUUUGUGAGUUAGAGGACAGGCUUGCAACAUUAAACUUUCAUGCACACAAUCAGUUACCCUAUUUCGGCACAAAUCAUCAUGCACCGAGUUACUUUUCAGGUGAUUACUAUCAUGGUAUG